GCCCACUACUCGACAGGCAGAGUAUCUGCCUCCUUCACAUCCACAGCGAUGACUCCUGCCACAACACAAGAAGCAGAUGCCAUUGCGGAUGACACUGUGCGUUACCAGUAUGUGAAGAAAAAAGGCUACGUCCGUCUUACCACGAAUAAGGGAGUCCUGAAUGUGGAACUGCACUGUGAUAAGGUUCCCAAAGCUGGAGAGAAUUUCAUCCGUCUGUGCAAAAAAGGCUACUAUGACGGGACGGUGUUUCACAGAUCCAUCCGAAACUUCAUGAUUCAAGGAGGGGACCCCACUGGCACCGGUACAGGAGGGGAAUCCUUCUGGGGAAAGCCUUUCAAGGACGAGUUUCAGCCCAACCUGUCCCACACAGGCCGCGGGGUUCUCAGCAUGGCAAACUCUGGUCCAAACACAAACAAAUCCCAGUUCUUCAUCACAUUCAGAUCGUGCACCUACCUCGACAGGAAGCACUCAGUGUUUGGAAGGAUUGUGGGUGGAUUUGAGACACUCACAGCCAUGGAGAAUGUGGAGAGUGAUCCCAAAUCAGACAAGCCGAAGUCGGAGAUCAAGAUCAUAAGUACGGAUGUGUUUGUGGACCCGUAUGAAGAGGCGGACGCUCAGAUCGCAGCAGAGAGAGAGAAGGAGCUGCAGAAGCAAGAGGAGGAGAAGCAGCUGACCAAUGUCGCUGUGAAGAAAGAGGACGAGGCACCCAAGACCUUCAAGGCCGGUGUGGGGAAAUAUAUCAACCCUGCCACAACAAAACGUCCAGCUGCUGAAGAUGAAAGCAAGCCUUCUACCAGCGGAGUAACAGCUAAGAAGUCCAAAGGCAAGUCCACCUUCGGAGACUUCAGCUCCUGGUAGCAACAACACAUUCAGCAGUCACCAGUCUGUGUUUUUACCGGCAAACAUAUAUUGUAUUAACUCUUGUCUUUAUUGUAUUAGAUGUUUUGUCGUCCUGUGAAACGAUUAAUUCAAUUUUUUUCUUUUUAAAAAAAAAUGGCUUUUUUUUGUACUUCAAAUAAACUUUGACUUUAAAUUGAA